AUGACUGAUAGAGCACAGAAAGUUGUCUUAGUGAGUGUGGAAGGGGAGCGUUUUACCGUGGAGCGCAAAAUUGCGGAGCGUUCCCUUCUUCUAAAGAACUAUUUAAAUGAUAUGCACGAUACACAUUUCCGAGACGAUUCGGAAGAUGAAGCUGAGGCUUCAGAAGAGAAUGAUAAAAUUGUGAUGCCUGUUCCUAAUGUGCGCUCUUCAGUUCUUCAAAAAGUUAUUGAAUGGGCCGAACAUCAUAAGGAUUCUAACUUUCCUGACGAGGAAGACGACGAUUCGCGUAAAUCAGCUCCCGUGGACGCUUGGGACCGCGAAUUCUUAAAAGUUGACCAAGAAAUGCUUUACGAAAUCAUUUUAGCUGCGAAUUACUUGAAUAUCAAACCAUUGUUGGAUGCGGGUUGUAAAGUUGUAGCUGAAAUGAUCAGGAAUCGAUCACCGGAAGAGAUUAGAAGGACGUUCAACAUUGUUAACGACUUCACUCCAGAAGAAGAAGCAGCGAUUAGACGUGAGAAUGAAUGGGCCGAGGAUCGCUGA